AUGGGUUUGAAUGGAAAUGGAAAUAGGAAUAGGAAUGGGUUAAUAAAUGUGGUGGACGAGGUUGAUGAGUUAGAGAGUGAAGUUUCAUUUGUUGUGAAUGCAGGAUUUGAGACUGAGUUUUUUCUGUUGAAGAGCAUAACAAGGGAAGAAAAAGAAGAAUGGAUACCAUUUGAUUCGAGUCGUUACGGUUGCUCCUCAGCAUUGGAUGUUGCCUCCCCGAUACUUCGUGAAAUUACAACUGCUUUACAUUCCAUAGGCAUUCCAGUAGAACAGUUACACCCAGAAUCUGGAAAUGGCCAAUUUGAAGUGGUUUUGGAAUACACCAUUGGUACUAAAGCUGCAGACAACUUAGUUUACACACGUGAAACUAUAAGGGCAAUUGCUAGAAAACAUGGCUUGAUUGCAACUUUUCUUCCAAAGUACAUUUUAAAUGAAGUGGGUUCCGGAUGCCAUGUUCAUCUAAGUUUAUGGCAGAAUGACAAAAAUGUAUUUAUGGCAUCUGAUGAAUCAUCAAAGUAUGGAAUAUCAACUUUGGGAGAAGAAUUCAUGGCCGGAGUUCUUCAUCAUCUUCCUUCGAUUUUGCCAUUUGUAGCACCACUUCCUAUCAGUUAUGAUAGGUUACAACCGAUGACAGGGGGAUCAUACUUAUUAUGGGGAAUUGAAAACAGGAAUGCACCAUUGCGAGCUUCAUCUCCACCCGGAACUCCCAAUGGUUUAGUGAGUAAUUUUGAAUUCAAACCAUUUGAUGGUGUUGCAAAUCCAUACUUAGGCUUAACUGCUAUAAUUGCUGCUGGCAUUGAUGGUCUUCGACGACAUCUUUCUCUUCCUGAACCUAUUGGCACGAUAAUGUAAUAAGAAUUUCACAUAGUAGUAAGAAAAUUAGUUGAGAUUUUAUAGUUGAGAUUUAAGGCCUAGAUGUCUAUAUUGUUGAAAGGUAAUUCAGUAUUUUAGUAUUUUGCCUACGUGGCAUUAUUGUUUGUGCAUAUAACUAGUAGUGUGCUUAGCCAUUGAGUCGUGUAAUAGUUGUAAGAGAAGUUUGUGUAGUAGUGUGUGUGCGUAACCAUUUACUGUAACUGUUUUAGUAGAAUACUGGAAGACAAUUAGGUUAUGAACUAAAGUGAUUAAAAAAAAUGAACAAGAAUUACAAAAGAAUGAAUCAUAUGAUGUUUGUACAAAUUUCAAGUUUCAUAUUCAUGAUAUGGUCUUAGAAAUCAAUAAACAUGUACCUUGACAUUGUACCAUA